GGUAGGCGCUUCUGCCUGAGGCCAAUAGAGGAGCCGCCCGCAUUGCAGCAGCCUAAGCUUCUGAGGCUGGAGAGGACAGACAACGCGCAUCCUAGAUGCAAGGGGGAAGAAGCAACGAACAAAGUACCAGCACCAACGUCAACGUCAACGCGCCCGCAUCCGUGGAGCUUCUCACGAGGGACGAAUAUACCGAGUCCUCCAUGAGGCCCUUUAUCAGCUGAUCAACCCCGAAAUCUCCGACGUCAUCGGCCUCCACGUCACGGCCUCCACAUCCGCCAUCGCUACCCAUCGCCAAACCUCGAGCCUCGACCGCAAACUCCUUGGCAACCCUUGCUCCCUCUCACCCCUCCAGAACCGUCGCCGCCAUGGCGCCGCGGAUAAACAUCCCGCCCGUCACUCGGAUCCUCCUCAUCGGUCUGGUGGCCCAGUCCCUCCUCAGCGCCGCCAUCCGCUAUCGCCAAUGGACCGAGAACACAAAGAUUGUCAUCCCAUAUCUGACGCUGGUGCCCCAGCUCUCCAUCAUCUAUCCCUGGACCUUCCUAACAUCCACGUUCGUCGAGAGCAACGUCUUCACCCUUUCCCUUGCCGCUGCAACACUGUACCAUGGCGGUCGUUACCUUGAGAGAGCUUGGUCGUCGGCCGAACUGGCCAAAUUCCUUGCCCUCGUCUCAGUGGUUCCCAACUUUCUGACACUCUGUGUCAUGGUCCUCUUCUUCUCCCUGACGCGCAACGAGAGCUGGACUCUGACCGUCAUCGCUGGAACUAUCCCCAUUCAGAUCUCCUUCCUCGUGGCAUUCAGUCAGCUCGUCCCGGCCCAUACCGUGACCCUCUUCCGCGGCAUCUUGUCGCUGCGAGUCCCGCGCUUCCCGCUGCUUUACAUCGGCAUCGUCCUGCUUCUGUCGCUCACCCCACUACUGCCUAGAGCUUCCUUCUGGCUCGCCUUCUUCGGGUUCCUCACCAGCUGGACGUACCUCCGAUUCUACAAGACCGUCUUCCCCGAUCUCGAUUCGUCCCAGCCGGCCUCCCUCAACGGCGAUGCAAGCGAGACCUUUGCCUUCGCCGAGUUCUUCCCCGGCCCUGUCAAACCCGUCGUCGCCGCUCUCUCCGACCAAGUGUUUGGCGUUCUGGUGGCCAUGCGUGUGUGCUCCCCCUUUCCUCACGGCGACGUGCCUCGUAAGGACAGCAUGCUCCACCGUAGCUCUCCAGGAGGCGCCCGCGCAGAGGCUGAGAGGAGGAGAGCUAUUGCCCUUCGAGCUCUGGACCAGCGACUUCAUGCCGCGACUGGUGGCCAAGGGUCACGAGGACCUUCGCAACCCCCAACCCAGACCACAGGCCCGACUGUGCAGACUCAGCCCCAGCCUGCAACACAGACGGCCAUGACGUCGCAACCCGGCCCCAUGUUGGGUGAGACCAAGUUCGAGCCCGAACACGACUCGGGGAAGAGCUGAGCUAGUGCAUUCAUUGCAGAGAAUACAGCAAAGAUAACAUGACGUCGGUUGGACUGGUGUACGAAUUUACUAAUAUCAAGGAUCUGCGUCGGCUGAAGAAUUGGCCAACUGUUGACGGAUGGGCCAAAAGAGGGUAGCGUUUCUGCCGCUCAUGAUGAUUUUACUAGAGAAGCAACUCAUGAUCCAGAUCACAGGUGUUUCCACGGUGUCCUGGGUAUAUAUCCCCUUUUAUGUUCUUGGCGUGCGACCUGGGCCCGGACCUUAUGAUAGUGUAGGGUACGAUAGAUAUCAAAUGAGAAUUUCUAUAAGCGAUC